AUGGUUGCUGCAAAGCUCGAUGGCAAUGCCAUUGCCAAGUCGAUCCGAGAGAAGCUCUGCGCCGAGGUUACUGAGAAACAGAAGCUCAACCCUAGGUUUAAGCCAUGCCUCAAGAUCAUCCAAGUGGGUGAUCGUUCAGACUCCUCUACCUAUGUUCGCAUGAAGCUCAAGGCUGCUGCAGAGGCUGGUAUCGACAGCCAACUGCUGCAUUACCCUGAGUCUAUCACGGAGGCGGAGCUUCUCGAUCAUAUCCGCCAAUUCAACCAUGAUCCUGCCGUUCAUGGUAUCCUAGUCCAGCUCCCUCUCCCUAAGCACAUCUCUGAGUAUACUGUCACAUCUUUUGUGGCGGAUGAGAAGGAUGUUGAUGGCUUUGGCACCAAGAACAUUGGAGAGCUGGCCAAGAGGGGCGGCAAACCUCUUUUCGUGCCCUGCACGCCCAAGGGUGUCAUGAUCCUUCUCAAGGAGUCGGGGAUUGACCUGAAGGGAAAGAACGCAGUUGUUCUUGGGAGAAGCGACAUUGUCGGUAGCCCCGUGAGCUACCUGUUGCGAAACGCUGACGCUACUGUCACCGUUCUGCACUCCAAAACGCAAAACAUUGAGGAGUACGUCAAGAAUGCAGACGUCGUUGUUGCUGCUAUUGGCCAGCCUCUGUUCGUCCAGGGCAGCUGGAUCAAGCCUGGUGCCGUCGUCAUUGACGUUGGAACAAACUUUUUGCCUGAUGCCACCAAGAAGUCUGGUCAACGACUUGUUGGUGAUGUCGACUACGCUGCCGCAGUCGAAGUUGCAUCUGCCAUCACCCCCGUUCCUGGGGGAGUUGGACCCAUGACUGUUGCUAUGUUGAUGCAGAAUGUCGUCGAUGCUACAACGUGGUAUUUCGAGUCUCAGAAGCUUCGAAAGACCAUCCCCCUACCCCUGAAACUAGAGGAUCCUGUUCCUUCAGAUAUCGCUGUGUCACGAGCGCAAACACCUAAGGAAAUCACACGCAUUGCUGCCGAAGUCGGCAUUGCUCCCCACGAACUGGAACCUUAUGGCGCAUACAAGGCCAAGGUUGACCUUGGUCUCCUGCAGCGACUGGAGCACCGUCGAAACGGCCGUUAUGUCGUUGUCACUGGCAUUACCCCAACACCCCUGGGUGAGGGCAAGUCUACCACAACUAUGGGCUUGGCUCAAGCUCUUGGAGCUCAUAUUGGACGUUUGACUUUUGCCAACGUUCGACAGCCCAGUCAGGGCCCUACCUUUGGUAUCAAGGGAGGUGCUGCUGGAGGAGGCUACAGUCAGGUCAUCCCUAUGGAUGAGUUUAACAUGCACCUUACUGGUGAUAUUCAUGCCAUUACCGCUGCCAAUAACUUGUUGGCUGCUGCUAUUGAGACUCGAAUCUUCCACGAGAAUACUCAGAAGGACGGACCUCUGUACAAGCGCCUAGUCCCCACAAAGAACGGCGAGAGGAAAUUCGCCCCCGUCAUGUUCCGCCGAUUGAAGAAGCUCGGAAUUGACAAGACCAACCCUGAUGAACUGACUGAAGACGAGAUUCACCGAUUCGCCAGACUGGACAUCGACCCCGAGACGAUUACGUGGAGACGAGUUCUGGAUGUUAAUGACCGUCACCUUCGAGGAAUUACAGUUGGAACAGCCCCCACUGAGAAGGGCCAAACUCGAGAGACUGGUUUUGAUAUCACAGUUGCUAGCGAGUGUAUGGCUAUCCUGGCACUUAGCAACAGUCUGGCCGAGAUGCGCGAGCGUCUUGGUUCAAUGGUGGUGGCUACAUCACGAAAUGGCGACACUGUCACUACCGAUGAUAUCGGUGCGGGCGGUGCUCUUACUGCUCUCAUGAAGGAUGCCAUCAAGCCCAACCUUAUGCAGACACUCGAGGGUACUCCUGUAUUUGUCCACGCUGGUCCUUUUGCUAAUAUCAGCAUCGGUCAGAGCUCUAUUCUUGCCGACAAGCUCGCUCUGAAGCUUGCUGGUACUGAGCCUGACGAGGACCAUGAUGAGAAGGCUGGCUUCGUCGUCACCGAAGCCGGUUUCGACUUUACCAUGGGUGGUGAACGAUUCUUCAACAUCAAGUGCCGUACUUCUGGCCUUGCUCCCGAUGUUGUUGUUGUUGUUGCUACUGUCCGAGCCCUCAAGGUUCACGGUGGUGCACCUCCCAUUGCUCCCGGUGCAGCGCUCAGCCCCGUUUACAAGGAGGAGAACGUUGACAUUCUGCGCGCUGGUUGCGUGAACCUGAAGAAGCAGAUUGCCAACGCCAAGUCUUUUGGCAUUCCUGUUGUCGUUGCGAUCAACAAGUUCUCUACCGAUACAGAGGCCGAGAUCGCUGUCAUUCGUGAGGAGGCCAUCUCCGCGGGUGCUGAGGAUGCCAUCCUUGCUAACCACUGGGCUGAGGGUGGCAAGGGAGCCGUCGACCUGGCUCAUGGUGUCAUUGCAGCUUCAAAGAAGCCCAAGGACCUGAAGCUGACCUACGAUCUGGAGGGUACUGUCCAGGAGCGCCUUGAGGCUAUCGGCAAGAAGAUGUACGGUGCCGAGAAGGUUGAGUUCAGCGAACUCGCUCAGAAGAAGGUUGACACCUACACACGGCAAGGAUACGGCCAUCUACCUAUCUGCGUGGCCAAGACACAAUACUCUCUGUCCCAUGAUCCCGACCUGAAGGGUGCUCCUACUGGCUUCACGAUCCCCAUUCGUGAUGUCAGGAUGGCUGCCGGAGCAGGAUACCUGUAUGCCCUUGCUGCUGAUAUUCAGACAAUUCCUGGUCUGCCAACAGCACCUGGCUAUCUCAAUGUUGAUGUCAAUGUCGAGACAGGCGAGAUCGAAGGUCUCUUUUAA